AUGAGGGAAUCAUUUGUUUGGUUUGGAGUGACAAGCUUUGUCGUCUUGUGGCGGUGUGUCUCCCGUGUCAUCCUGCUGGGGGGAUUGCGGCACCUGUUACUUGAAGACUAUCUGAUGGCUCUGACUUUUGCCAUCUAUAUCAAUUUCAUCGUCUGGGUUGAUAUCCAGACCAAGUAUCCCAAGACGAACGUACUCCCGCCGACAGGGACAAAGGGGAUGACGGCGCAUGAGAUCCACGACCGCGCCUGGGGCAGCGUUGCUACCUUUGUCAUCGAGCAGUCGAUGAUUAUGAUUCAGUGGGGGUGUAAGGCCUGCAUGAUGAUCGUCUAUUAUCGACUGACGUGCGGACUGAAGGAUCAGAUCUUCGUCAAGAUCCUCAUGGGCUAUACUGCACUUGGAUUCGUCGUUGUUCAGAUCUGUUGGUAUGGCGUCUGGUGUCGUCCGUUCACCAACUACUUUGCCGUCAAGGGAGAUAACUCCAAACAGUGCGAGACAGCCAACAACCACCUGAUCAUGUCGUAUGUGUUCAACGUGUCGUCGGACCUAGCCAUGCUCCUGAUCCCAAUUCCUCUAUUUCUGCGCCUGCAAUUACUCUGGACCAAGAAACUCGCAUUAUGCGUUGUCUUCAGCCUGGGAAUUUUCGUGGUCGUCGCCGCAACUCUGAGUCGAUACUACUGCUUCUCCCACCCCACAAGCAUCCUCUGGGUAUACUGGUAUGUCCGUGAGGCCAGCACCGCGCUGAUAGUCACCAACAUCCCGAACUGUUAUACGCUUAUCCGCAAGAUUCUGAGCCUGGACGGAUUCACCAUCUUUGGCACGUACGUCUCUUUCCACCACGGGACGAGACAUACAGCGACCAUGCCUGCAAUCGUGACCUUGAGCGUGAGUCCUACGGGGCCUUACCGGCGACAACAGGAACAUGAAGACAGCUGGAGGAGCGAGGGUGGGAAACGCGUCACUGUUGACGAGCACGGAUUGGAGAUCUGGCAGCAUACACAGGUGACGGUAGAGGUUUGA